UAAGUGGCGGCGUUCGAUGGUGCUGCUGAAGUUUUCAAGAUGUCGCUGGAGCAGAGACUCUCACGAAUCGAGGAGAAACUCAAGCAGGAAAAUAAAGAAGCCCGCAAACGCAUCGACCUGAACAUCGACAUGAGCCCGCAGCGGUCGCGUCCGAGGCCAAUCAUCGUGAUCCAGCUCAGUCCAGCUCCAGCCCCCUCCCAGCGCGCAGCUCUGCAGUUACCGCUGGCCAACGAUGGAGGAAGUCGCUCGUCCUCUUCAGAAAGCUCACCUCAACACCCCUCAUACCCUAGCAGAUCCCGACAAAUGCUUAAGCUUCCCACCCCACCUUAUAGCCAACCGAAGAGCCUGGAGAAUGCUGAAAUCGAUCAGAAGCUGCAGGAAAUAAUGAAACAAACAGGUUACCUGAAGAUUGAUGGACAGCGUUACCCCGCAGAGGUGACGGAUCUGAUCAGCGAGGGAGAGAUCGGCAGUGGAACGUGUGGACAGGUGUUUAAAGUUCGCUUUAAGAAGACUGGCCAUGUCAUCGCUGUCAAGCAAAUGAGGAGGACAGGUAAUAAAGACGAAAACAAGAGAAUCCUUAUGGAUCUGGAUGUGGUGUUGAAGAGUCACGACUGUCCGUACAUCAUCCAGUGCUAUGGUGCUAUAGUCACCAAUACGGAUGUGUUCAUCGCCAUGGAACUAAUGGGGACAUGUGCAGAGAAGCUGAAGAAGAGGAUCCAGGGGCCCAUACCCGAGCCUAUUCUGGGAAAGAUGACCGUGGCGAUUGUGAAGGCUCUGCUGUACCUAAAGGAGAAGCACGGUGUGAUCCACAGAGAUGUAAAGCCAUCAAAUAUCCUGUUGGAUGCCAAAGGGCAGAUCAAACUGUGUGAUUUUGGCAUCAGUGGCCGACUGGUGGAUUCUAAGGCUAAGACUCGAAGUGCCGGCUGUGCUGCUUACAUGGCGCCUGAGAGAAUAGACCCUCCAGAUCCCAGUAAACCAGACUAUGACAUCAGAGCUGACGUCUGGAGUCUUGGUAUCUCUCUGGUUGAGUUAGCCACGGGACAGUUUCCUUACAAGAACUGCAAGACGGACUUUGAGGUUCUCACCAAAGUUCUGCAAGAGGACCCACCGAUCCUUCCUCUCAGCAUGGGCUUUUCCACUGACUUCCAGUCCUUCGUCAAAGACUGCCUCACAAAGGAUCACAGAAAAAGGCCAAAAUACCACAAGCUGCUUGAACACAGUUUUAUCCGACGUUAUGAGGUGUCAGAGGUUGACGUGGCGGGUUGGUUUCAGAGGUUGAUGGAGCGCACUGAGUCUCCACGCAGCAGCCAGUGCUUCAGCCAUCACCAGCUCCACCAUUCUCUCUUCAACAGCAGUCUGAAACUUCAGAGAAAAUGUUGGAGUCCCUGGUAAUUCUCCUCCUCUGACGGACCGUCUUCUCCUCGUCCUACCCACACAAACACGCACACAGAACACAUCAAAUGUUUGUUUUUUUUAAGUUUAACCGGUUAUGCUGUUCAAAUGUGAAGAGUUUGAUCUUGUAUCUAGACUAUGUUAUCUGAAAAGUGAUAUUUGUGUGUAUUUUUAGCCAGGCUUUGCUUUUUGUGGGGACUCAUUUUCUGGAAAUGUUACAUGCAAAAUGGUAAAACCUGACCCAACAACCUUGGGGUUGUCCAAGGAAAAAAGGCUCAUAAAUGGACUAAAUAAUGUCUUAAUUCAUAUCUAAAAAUGCAAAACAGUGUUUUUCAGGGGUAAUGUUAGUCUACAGUAAUUAUUAUUAGUUUAUAUCAAGUAUAUUAGAUGUGAAUGGUAAGAGAAAAUACAAAUUCUGUCAUCAUUUAGUCACCCUCAUUUUGUUCCAAACCUGUAUGGCUUUCUUUGUUCCGUGGAACACAAGAGAAGAUGUUGGGAAGAAUGCUGCCUCAGUCACCAUUAGGGCUGGUUAUUGAUAGAAAUUUUCCGAUUCAAUCUGAUUUCGAUUCACAAGCUCUCGAUUCCAUACCGUUUUCAAUUCAUAUGGGUAUAUUUCAGUUAUAAUGUCCAUUUUGCUUACAUAUGAAAUAAAUUCUCUCCAGCUAAUGCUGUUGAUUAUACUAGGUACAUUGCAAAAAUAUCAAUUUUACUAAUUAUAUUUUUAUUUCAUUUUGAUCACAUUUUAGCUCUCUAAAAAUGAACAAAUCAAUGUAUUUAAAUCAAUAAAUAUGAUAUUAUAUUGCAUAUAUUAUAUUUUGUUAAAUUUGUACUGUUUACUUGCAUAACCUCGUGCGACCCCGCGUCCACAUGCAUGGACGUUGUAUUUUGACUUCGCUAUACGCAACGCAUCAUUUAAAUCAAUAAAAAACGACUGAAUACUGUUCAUAAGACUCUAGACUGUCAUUUAAAGGGUUAACUUCUGCCACACCUAGUCAUACGACACAAUAGCAUGCCACUGAUUUCCGUGAAGCGCUCCUAUGGACACAGCGCCAACAAAAGUGCCUCUGGUAAGAAAGUUUUUUCAUUGAAACCCGUUUGGUUGUAAAGAGGAGUCUCUAGUUUCGUUUGACAUGCCGCAUUAAAAAAUCCGUUCAUUUUCCGUGCAUCAGCACCCUGAUAAACAUACUGUAUGUCCACAUAUGUGGAAACUCGUAAAGCAUUUCCUCAAAAGAAGAAAAAACAUGUUAAUUAUUUAUAAUAAUCAUCUGUGGGUCAUUUCACUUCAUUUUAAUAUACAUUUUGUUAUAUUUUAUUUUGAUAUCUCUGUGCAAUACAAUUCUAUUCGUUAACAUUAGUUAAUGCAUUCCUAUAUACACUAUUUACUAUGCAUUUUCACAUUGAGAAUCAAUGGGUUCAUCCAAAAGCUGAAAAAAUAUUGCCUUCAGAGGCUUUACAG